AUGAAGGUGCCCUUGAAGCCAAUAUGUAGCUGGGAUAUCGGCGUUUUGGUCUUGAAUGGGCUUCUGCAAUUCGGAACUGGCUACACCAUCCCCAAAUAUGUAACGGAUUACGCCCCGAUCAUCUGGCUACACUCGGAUGAUCCUUUCAUGCCGAGUGACAUUCUGACUCAUGUUCUGCACACAACACCAUAUAUCGGCUUUGAUCCUCUCCCAGACCCGCCCACGCUGACUUUGGAUACGCUUUCAUCGCUGAACAAGUAUGCACGGGGUGGCAAGCGUGUCUACUUAACGUCUAACGAUCGUGUAACCGCUAUGCCCGACUGGUUUCUUGGUGAAACACCGGAUGCGACUGGAGGCUUGCAUAAUUCCACCGCUUGUGCGGUUGUUGUCGUGGAAAAGACCGAGCACGACUUGGAUGCUUUUUACUUUUAUUUUUACUCCUACAAUGAAGGAGCUGAUAUCGAACAAGUUUUGCCGCCGUUGAACAGACUGAUCCCAGAAGCCAAGCCCGGAGAUCACUAUGGAAACCACGUUGGUGAUUGGGAGCACAACAUGAUUCGAUUCAGGGACGGAGAGCCUACUGGAAUAUAUUUUAGUCAGCACGCCAGUGGUGAAGCAUGUUCCUGGGAGGAUGAAGCUUGCUUUUCGAAGCAGGACGGCAGGCCCGUCGUGUUUAGUGCCAGAGGCUCGCAUGCCAAUUAUCGCCAGGAAGGGAGCCACAUUCACGACGAGGCACUUAUAGAUGUUGCCGACAAAGGCCGACGAUGGGAUCCUAUCAAACCCGCGUAUUUCUACAAAUACGAUCCUGCAACAGAUGUUCUAAUUCCAGGCCAUCCCGAAACUCAUUCCACUGAUUGGUUCCACUUCAAAGGCGGCUGGGGCGACAAGAAAUACCACGAUUCAGAUCCUCGACAAAAAACCGUCCGCUAUUUUGGCUUGAAAAAGUACCAGGACGGACCUACAGGUCCCAAAUUCAAGCACCUUGUUCGAAAAGGACUGCGUCCAGAUGAGCCACCGCCGACGAGUCUCCUGAAGACCCUAGUUGGGAUAUAUAUGUCCGUGUAUGGAUGUUGCUUGGAAGGACACAAUCCUUGGGUGGUUGUUAUAUUUGUGUUGCUGGUCCUGGCGGCCAUUAUAUUCUUGCUCGUUUUCGGGGUGAGGAUGAUUGCAUCACGUCUGAAGGGUUUAUUUAGGAAGAGACGCCGCCAAACGGAGGUCGCCGAGUCGGCUGUCCCACUUCUGGAUCUGGAAAGAGUCGAAGAUGAGACAUAUCCUUCUAUACCCCAAUUAUAG